AUGAACAAAAUCGAGGACGACCUGAUGACGGAGCUUACCGAUCUGACGUUGAAGGAUAUCUCGACGCUUGAAAAAGGCAUGCAAUCGUUGGUGAGGGAGGAGGUCCGAAGAUAUAAACUGGAAACAGAGCUGAAGAAUCAGAUGAGAGAAGAAGCAGCAACAAAGACAAUUCGAGCUCUGCAGGCUAGAAUCGCUGAACUUGAGGCUACUGUUGCUCGACUUACUCCGACUAACGCACCUUAUAUUGCAAAAAACUCGGUUCCAGCUGGUGAAAUACACGAUAACUCGCUUGCAGAGAUAUUAAAGCUGCAGUAUGAAAAUGCCUCAAACUCGCAAAAGUACCCUGAUAUUCAAACACUGCAAACUCCUGGGUACGCAAGUGUUCGACUUGAUGCAAAUCUGGAUGCGAUUGAGCGCCGAAAUCAGAAGAUAAAGCAGGCUUUGAACAUGCAAGGAUCUAAUCUUGGAAUGACUUCAAAUGGAGAAUAUUAUGUUCAUAUUUGA